UCCCGUCCUCCGCCCACCUCUCCUCCCUCCCUCCCCUCCCUCCCCUCCCUCCCCUCUUCCCUCCUUUGCCCUCGAUCCGCCCCAUCCAAGCGCCCCCUCCCCCUCCAGCCAUGUCUGCCCCGAUGAGCAACACCUCGCUGGCGUCCAUUCGUGGCGUGAUGAUCCUGGACUCGGCGGGCAACCGCAUCAUGGCUCGUUACUACGACCCGCCAGCCCUGCCGAAUGCCGGGCGCUCCGCCGCCAACAACGGUGGCUCGCGCCAGCAGACCCAAAAGUCCCGGAAGGACGUCAUCGAUCUGUCCACUCUCGAGGGGCAGCGCUCCUUCGAGGCUCGCGUCUGCGAUCAGGCUCGGCGCCUCCCCCACGGCGAGAUCAUGCACCUCCCUCCGAUGCUGGUCUCUUACCGCCCCUCGCGCGACCUGAUCCUGGCCAUGGUGGCCCCGGAGCACGAGAAUGAGCUCGCCCUUUGGACUUCCCUCAGUGCCCUGGCCGAUGCCCUCAACAGCCUGCUGCAAUUCCACCUGGAGAAGUCGGUCAUCAUCGACUACUACGAUCUGGCCCUGCUGGCCAUCGACGAGGCGGUUGACGGCGGUAUCCUCCUGGAGAUUGACGGGGCCCAGAUCGCCGCACGCGUCGCUGCCCGGCAUCCAGAUGCCCUUGGUGGCCAGGGAUCCUCCUCCUCGUCUGGGCCGGACGGCUCUGGCGGCAGCCUCGGCGAGCAGAUGGUCGGCACGGCCUUUGCGACCGCGCGCCUGAUCGGCCGUGCCCUGAUUCAGUGAACGGUCUUCCACACAAAAGGUCCAGCGCCCUGCCCUGCCUUCAGGCGCCCCUUUCGUUGCCGCCGCCGCCGCCGCCGCC